GAGAGAGAGAGCGCGCGCAUUAGUGAACAGCUACUGUGGCAUUGAUGUUUGAGCGCACUUCUGAACUGGCUUUGUUGAGACUAUCAGUGUCUCGGUGCAGAAAGCAUGCGCUGUCCCAAAUCCGCUGUUACUAUGAGAAAUGAGGAGCUGCUUUUAAGUAACGGCACAGCCAACAAGAUGAACGGCGCUUUGGAUCACUCAGACCAACCAGACCCAGAUGCCAUUAAGAUGUUUGUCGGGCAGAUCCCCCGGUCUUGGUCGGAAAAGGAGCUGAAAGAACUUUUUGAGCCUUACGGAGCCGUCUACCAGAUCAACGUCCUCCGGGACCGGAGUCAGAACCCUCCCCAGAGUAAAGGUUGUUGUUUCGUAACAUUUUAUACAAGAAAAGCUGCACUUGAGGCCCAGAAUGCACUGCACAAUAUUAAAACUUUACCUGGGAUGCAUCAUCCCAUUCAGAUGAAACCUGCAGAUAGUGAAAAGUCAAACGCUGUGGAAGACAGAAAAUUGUUCAUAGGAAUGGUUUCGAAGAAAUGUAACGAGAAUGAUAUCAGGGUGAUGUUUUCUCCAUUUGGCCAGAUAGAGGAGUGCCGGAUCCUCCGGGGACCCGACGGGCUAAGUCGAGGCUGUGCGUUUGUCACAUUUUCUACAAGGGCAAUGGCACAGAAUGCAAUCAAAGCCAUGCACCAGUCUCAGACCAUGGAGGGCUGCUCUUCACCUAUUGUGGUGAAGUUCGCUGACACUCAGAAGGAUAAAGAGCAAAGACGCCUCCAACAGCAGCUCGCACAGCAGAUGCAACAGCUCAACACUGCCACCUGGGGGAACCUGACGGGUCUGGGCGGACUCACCCCGCAGUACCUGGCGCUUCUGCAGCAGGCCACCUCCUCCAGCAACCUGGGUGCGUUCAGUGGCAUUCAGCAAAUGGCUGGCAUGAAUGCUUUACAGUUACAGAAUCUGGCCACCCUGGCGGCAGCUGCAGCCGCGGCGCAGACCUCAGCCACCACCACCAAUGCAAACCCUCUGUCCACCACGAGCAGCGCCCUGGGAGCCCUCACCAGCCCUGUGGCUGCUUCAACCCCCAACUCCACUGCUGGCGCGGCCAUGAACUCUUUGACCUCUCUUGGGACUCUGCAAGGACUGGCGGGAGCCACUGUUGGACUGAAUAAUAUUAAUGCACUUGCAGUUGCUCAAAUGCUCUCAGGUAUGGCGGCUCUGAAUGGAGGACUUGGCGCCACGGGCUUGACGAAUGGCACAGCGGGCACCAUGGACGCCCUCACCCAGGCCUACUCAGGGAUUCAGCAGUACGCGGCAGCGGCACUGCCCACUCUGUACAGCCAGAGCUUGCUGCAGCAGCAGAGCGCGGCGGGCAGCCAGAAGGAAGGUCCAGAGGGUGCAAACCUCUUUAUUUACCACCUUCCACAGGAGUUUGGAGACCAGGACAUUCUGCAGAUGUUCAUGCCUUUUGGAAAUGUUAUCUCUGCUAAAGUCUUCAUUGACAAACAGACCAAUCUGAGCAAGUGUUUUGGUUUUGUUAGCUACGACAAUCCAGUGUCUGCACAAGCUGCUAUCCAGGCUAUGAAUGGCUUUCAGAUUGGCAUGAAACGCUUGAAGGUCCAGCUGAAGCGCUCCAAAAACGACAGCAAACCUUACUGAUCCUAACCCCAGAGGCUCCCUGCUCUUGUUUUAGCUUUCUUAGGGUAAGUCCCACGAGCCAGCCUGUUCUCAACAGGAAAGGCAGAGGAGGACCACAUUGCCAACUUUUACCAAGAGAGACGGUUAUUUUUACAAUAAGGCCUCCAUUUCCCCUUCCCACCCCUCACCUAGUUCGCCAUAUUUAAAACUUGGGCUACCUUGUUUCUAUCGAGUAAACUCCUCCAGUCGUGCCACUGUAUUCUCCUUUGUUUUGCGAUUUGAAUCUCCUUUUACCUUUUCUGUUUUUUUGUUUUUUGCUUUUUUAAAGGAAAACAUACGCAAAUAAAUGACAUCUUGACAAUUUAAAAGGCAAACAAAGGCUAAUGUGCAAUUCUAACUCAGAGACCCCCCUGGUGCCCUGAGAGCACUGCCUGGAGAAUUCACCCCUCCUGUCCUGUUUACCCCUAGGAGGGCACCAGCUGUUUAGAGGUCAAGGUGGUGGCCUAGAGCAAGAGAAAAGCCAGGAGAAGCACUUAAAACAAUACAAACGUCUUUCCACUACAUUUGGUUUGUUUUAAUAAGUAGGAUUUUAUUUUAGGGUUCAAAGAAACAUGACAUCUAUUGGUCAGGUUAUUACACUGGUUGUCUAUUUUGUUAUAUUUUAUUUUAGUUCUUAGAAAGGAUUAAUGUAAAAAAAGAUUUAGAGAUCUGUUUCUUAAAGCUACAGGGUUUAAAAAUAAAAUAAAAAUGAAUGAAAAUACUUGAUGUUUCUUGAAAGAUAAAUUUAAUAAUAAAUAAUACAUAAAUAAUACAUAAAUAAAAAAGAAAGCCACAGGCCUGUAAAUUUUAUUUGUAAAAAAAGCAUUUCUAUUUUUGUACAAAAUUUUUACUGCCUCAGAAAUAAUGGAAGUUAUUUAUUGCCUAUUGUUAACUUAUUGGGUACCUAAAGAGCAGUUCUCUGUGCUAGCUAGAUCCUUUUGAAGUAGUCUCUAAAGGAAUCGUUCUAGGAAUGGGCUUUUUUUCACUGUUGGACCUAGGCCUAAAUUUUCAUGCUUUAUCCUCUUGUUGUUUGUAUCUGUCUGAUUAUUUUGUUCGUAACUUCCAUUAUCUAGUUUACAGUUCAGUUGUCUGACUUUCCCCUUAUGUUACAUUCGUUGAAACUGGAUCCUCCCCUGUCCCUUGCCAGCCCCUAACCCCAAAAUACCCGGAAUCCAUCCCCUCUCCCUCUCCGGAUGGAUUCUCUUGGGGUUCCAUUGUGCUGUGGAUAAAGAUUGUAAGAAAUGCAAAUUAUGUGGAUGGCUCGUAGACUCCCUAAUGACCUAAGAUUUGCAUUAGUUUUUCUCCUGCACCCUUAAGAGUGAUUUUGUUGCUGCUGCGUAGAUUCUGUGUAACUUUUUACUCUCCCUUGUUUUCUCCCUAGACAUCUUCAUGCCCGUUAGUUCACCGUUUGCCUAGCAUGUCCCUGUGGCGUCUCAAAAAAAGUUUCAUCGUCCCGUCAUUGUUUCUGAUGUCUUUCUGACCUCACAUCAUAUUUGGUUCUCCUACUGACCUUUGAUCUAGUUUGACCUUUGAAAUUUGCAUGUGACCUCAUCUAGCUAUGAAUUCUGGGAAGUCAAUGUGAAAAACAUUGCUGCAUUCACGCAAGACUGAAAUUUAUUAUUAGAAAAAUUAAUUAUAGAAAAAAACCUGUGGCAAAAUGUUUCUUUUUUUUUUUCUUUUCAUAAAACAGACUUGAAAGUAUUAUACAGGGAUUGGCAUUCUUCCCGGUCACUGGUAACAAUAGCAAUAUGUGUCCAGGGACACAGAAUGUUGGUUUCUAACAGACUACUUCCAAAAACAGUUUGAGAAAAAAAACUGUCUGAUUUUAAGUCUCUAGAGGUCUGUAAUAGUUUUUACAUUUUUCAGGCAGUGUAAAGUUUUUUGAUAAGGCCAUUUUAGGUGGCUCACUUUCUCAUUAAGAUAUAUAUAUAGAACCACUUUUUGUAGAUUAGUAUAAGAAAAAUAUUUACCCUGUUUUGGGGCAAAUGCUACCUAUUUGUGUCACCUUUUGCUGAACUGACUCACAGUUAGACAAUCCAUGGUUUAAUGCACAUGAAAUUACCUAUAUUUUAUACUGUUUCAAUGUACAGGAGAAAGGUUACUGUAAACUGUGUUGCGUUGGUGCUUCUGUGAAUUAAGUUGUGGUUUCAUCAUGAGUCUUAUGGUCUUAAUGUUCUUUGUUGAUAAGACAAGUUUAGAAUUGGUUUACUUAAAAAAGAAUUUCAAAAAAAAAAAGUUGUUUGCUUAAAAAAUAUUUCAUGUGAGGGGGAAAAAAAAAAUCUAUUCCAGAAUAAGUUUUGUGUUGGCUUGUAAAGCAUUGAUGUCAUUUUCUUUUUUCUUAUUGUGGACUAUUUAGAUGUGUUUGUGUUCAGCAAAAUGUGAUUUUUUUUUCUUUUAAAGAAAAAAAGUGAAAAUAUAUAGUGCCAAAUUCCAAAGGUACUUCCUUCCUAGAGCUUCAGUGUGUUUCUUGUGAGAAGUAAUUUGAUAACAUGGGUAUUUUAUUAUGUGUUUUGUAUAAAUCCCUAAUAUUUAAAAAACAAAAAACAAAAAAAAGAGGUUAAAAAGUUUGUUAACUUGCUAUCCUGUGGUCUUGUUGCCUGAAAUUGUUAUUGUUUGUUAUUUCUCUAUGAUGUUUUUUGUAAGACAUUGUAUAAGUGCCCAUGUCUCACUUUUUUAACCACUCUGCACAUCAAUGCUGUGAUGGCAACCUCACAAUGUAUUUUCUUCAUAAUAUAUGGAAACCUCUAAGGUGAGAAAGUUUUGAACUUUUAACCCUUUCUACCCAGAGCUAUCUGGAAUGUUGAUAACUUUUAUACUGUCAUCAUUUUAGUUUGUUUUCGAGUGUUCCUAAUUUGGAUUUUUUCCCCCAUGCAUAUAUCUUUUCUAAGUUGUUUUUUGUCUCUACUACUUUUUUAUCCUUUGGUUGAGAUCCAAAAGAAAAAAAAUCCACAAGGCAAAUCUGAAGUAAAAAUAUAUAUGUAUUUUAACCCUCUCUGCUUUUCCCCCUACAACAUUUUAACUUUUGAUUAUUUCUGUUCAUUUAAAAAAAAAAAGAAUUCUAAUGUGCUGCUGGAAUUCUUUCUGUUUAAAAACAGUUUAUUAAAUUAACCUUCUGAGAGGAAUGAUUGAUAGAUUCAGCAUCUAAAUAAAUCUUAGAUUCUGUGUGCUUCUGAGAUCAGAUGUAGUAGUAAGUUCCAGUUUAGAAUAUUCCUAUAUACCUUCCAGUUAAAUGACUUGGUAAUGGGGUAGUAUUUUGAGGUAUUCUUGCUUUUGUUUUUUAAAUACUCCUAAUUAAUAUUUCUAAUCAGCCAUGGUGCUGGGGACUUCUCUGACCCCAGUGGAUACCUCUGAAUAACAAGGUGUCUGGUGGUAGCUGAUAGACCUUUCCCUAGCUUUUUUUUUCCUUCAAUGCAUGUACUGACCAUAUAAGGAAAACUCAGUUCGUUAUCAAAGUUAUGACCAAAUACUUUGCAUCAGUUCCUGCUGCCACUUUUUGAAGUGCCAUAUUACUUUGACUUUGACUUCAUGUGAACAGAUCUCUUGCUGUCUUGACAAAUCCCAAUGUCAUCAGUAGAGCCCCAACAAAAACUCCUGCCUUCCUGAAAGCAACCCCUGGAAGCUUCUUUGUCUCUAAUGGAGUUCUGAAACUGCUGGCUCCCUUUACUUCCUCCUUUUCCCACUUGGUUUAAUGUGUAUGUGGAUGUGAUAGCCCUGGGAUGGAAAGGACUAGCUUCUAAUAAUGCAAAAAAAAAAAAAAAAAUUUCCCUUCUUAUGGCACAUGCACUUAUAAUGAAAUGAUUUGUAUUAUCCUCACACGUGUUUACUACUGCUGGGGCCUUCCUUCAUCCUUUGAGGGCUAUUUUGUACUUCCUGCAGCAAUCAGCUGAAACAAAAGUUACCACACCUGUCUCUCUCUCAGAUCGUUUAUGGUGGUGUGUAGAUACAUGCAUAGGAAUGCAAGAGAACAUUUGAAUCACUUAGACUGUUUCAUUCUGAAUCUCUUCAUUCACCCAUCUCUACAUAGAUCUCAAAAAACAAUUUCUUCUGAUUUCUUCACUGAAGAAAGUUGCCCUCCUCCUGCCCCCUUUUCCUUUCACCCACUGCAUUGCCCCCAGGGGAACUGAGUGCAGUUGACAAGAGGCUCAGGGUGGACACUUUAAUUUGAGUGUUUCUUAUUUUGCAGGCAACCAAGACAUAUAUUUAAGGGGACAGUCCAUUCUUUCUGGGGUUUGGUUUGGUGUUUUUUUGUUGGGGUUUUUUUUUUUUUU